UUCGGUACAGCAUCAUACAACCUCUGACUAUCGUGCAGAAACAACCAAAAUGGCAAAGUGGACCAUAGUUGCUCUGGCGCUCGUCGGCUGCGCUGUAGCUGAGCCACCAGUAGGAUACAGCUAUUCGGCUCCAUCAUCUCUCAUCGUAGUCGGAGGUCACAGCAGCGGAGGAUACAGCAGUGGCGGUUACAGCAGCGGAGGGUUAAGUAGCGGUGGUCAUUAUACCCCUGUGCCAGUGGGACACCAGACCUCAGAGGGCUACCACAUCGACCCCCACCUAUUGGGCAAAAUCAAGCACAUAAUCCUGAAGGAUGAGAUCCAAAACCAAGCAUACCAGUCGUCAUCAUCCGGACACGGACACGGUAUCUCGUCCCACUACGGUGCCCCAGCGCCAGUGUACGGUGUCCCGCAAGACAGAAUCGUAGGUAUCGAGCUCGACCACAUCCAACAAGGCAUCCAAGUUGCUCAAUACCACCAGGCUGACGAAGGAUACGCUGGCGGUUACGCUGGUGGCUACUCCAGCGGCGGAUACUCCAGCGGCGGGUACUCCAGCGGCGGACACGGAUCCAUCUCGUACUCCGCGCCUUCCAUCACCUACACGACUAUCGGAGUCCCCUCGGGAUCCUACGGAGUGCCAUCCCCGUCAUCGUCGUACGGCACCCCGCAUCAUUGAACGACAACCGAGUCAUAGUCACCUCAUCUCAUUAAAUGUUAUGAAACUCAUGUGAUCGCAUCCUAGAUUUAUUAUGUAUUAUAUUUGUUGUUAAUUUAAGUUUCUGUAAAUAAACCUCCUUUUGUAUGUACGA